AUGACCCAUCUUAUAAAGCUUCAAGCAGCCAGUCCCAGACACAGACCAGCGCCUGCAGCUCCUGACCCCACCAGGCCCCAUCGACCAGACCCACUGCUGCUGCCCAGGCCCCAUCGUCGACCGGAUCAAAGCCCCAUGAAGCUUCCCACCCUGCUAUUCUGGCUGAGUGCAUUCUGGCCUCAGCUCCAGGCCAUCCCCCUGGACUCCUCCAACCACCUACCCCCGAGCUUCUUCCCCCAAAUCCAGGAGCAAGUGAGGAAGAUCCAGAAUGACAUCGAAGGGCUGCAGCAGAGAUUGUGUGCUGACUACCGCCUAUGCCAUCCAGAGGAGCUGAUCUUGGUUGGUCUGUAUCUGGGCAUCCCCAGGCCAUCUGUGAAAAACUGUUACAGUCAGGACUUGAAACUAGUAGCCUGCCUGAAUCAGCUGUACUAUGGACUCCAGUUCUACCAGGGGCUUGUGAGAGCACUGGAGGGCAUUUCCCCCGAGCUGGCUCCCACUCUGGAUACCCUGAAGCUCGAUAUUGGUGACUUUGCUGCCAGCAUCUGGCAACAGAUGGAAGAUUUUCAAGUGGUUCCUGAGAUCGUGCCCACCCAGAGUAUCCUGCCCACUUUCAGUUCCUCCUUCUAUCGUCGAGCAGGGGGCGUCCUCAUCUUUAGCCAGUUGCAGAGCUUCCUGGACAUGGCAUACCGUGCCCUGCGCCUUCUUUCCCAAUCCUGAGCUAACCCCAUAUUUAUCCCCUAUUUAAUAUUUAUAUAUUUAAAUUUAGGAAGAUAUUUAAAAGGUGAAAGGGACUGGAGUUCUCAAUUGCCCCUUCUCCCCCUCAAUCCCACUGUAGGUCACAGUUAGUCUCCUUGCUCAUAGCAGGAAAAAAUCCUAACCAGCCAUCCUAGGGGCUGGAAGAUAAAUAGGUAAAUACCAAGUAUUGCCAUUAAAUGACCCAUCUCCAGGUGGGAGAUGCUCCGUUGUUUAAUAUUUAAACAGCAAUGUUCCCUAGGUGAGUACUAGUGCUCAUUCUCCUAGCCCUAGUUGGGGCUGGGUUAGAGGUAGGGCCUAACUCAUUUGUCUUGCCAGGGUCAGUCCAAUCCUGUUCUUUGAUUUUUCCUUUGCCCCAUGGCAAAGGCUCUCUACAGAACAAAGGAAGCUUUAGCUGGGAAGUGCGGAGAAAGUCAGCUCCUUGAAGGCAGGCACUGUUUUUCAUCUCUGUGUUUGCUUCCCCAGCAAAAUGCACACAGUAGGCAUGUUUAAAAUGUUUAAAUAAAUGUUUAUUAAAUUGUGCCUGAAAUCCUACUGA